GGCCCCUCACUAUUUUAAGUCUCAGUGCCUGCUCCUCUGCAGUGCCCGACUCAGGCCAGGUGUGUGUGUGUGCCCGCGUCGUGCGCGCCUGUGUGCAUGUGUGUGUGUGUCCACCCCGACGCCGGGCUGGACGAUUUUUUGCUGGAAAAACAGCUAGCGAGCCGCCACUGAAGGGGGCCAGCAUCAAACAUGGCGCAAUACUACUGAGGCCCCGGACCGAACGCAGACCGAACGGACAGGCAGACGGACGCAGCGACAGCCAUGGUCGUGGAGGAGGUUGUGAUCACACUGUCCGGAGGGGCGCCCUGGGGCUUUCGGCUACAGGGGGGGGCCGAACACAAGAAGCCGCUGCAGGUGGCCAAGGUGCGGAAGCGCAGCAAGGCGUGCCGGGCGGGACUGCGCGAGGCGGAUGAGCUGGUGUCCAUCAACGAGAGCCCCUGUGGCGGGCUGUCCCACGCCCAGGCCAUGAACCUGAUCGACAGCACCCCGGGGUCCCUGCACAUACGAGUCAGAAGGGCUCCGGCGGGAUUCCAGUCCGUGGUGCUGCUGACCCGGGCGCCCUCCCCGCGGAUUGACAAGGAAUACCGCGCCGCGCUGCGCGCCAUGUCGCCCCCCGACGCCGGACCCGCGCUGGCCGCGGUGCAGGAGGUCCACCAGGGGGCGCCGGUGGUGGUGGAGGAGCCCCGGGGCAGGGAGGGGCUGACCUCGCCCCAGGGCAGCGAGGCGUACUACGGCGAGACGGACAGCGACGCCGACGUGGCGAGCGAGAAGCACCGCCGGCCGCGCCACCGCAGCCCCCCCAGCCGCGCCCCGGGCCGGGCGUCGCCCGAGGAGACCAGCGGCAACGACUGCGCCCCCGGGGUGGCCCGGCGGGAGGUGGUGUUCCAGGUCCCCCUGCAGCAGGGCGAGUGGUCGUCCCUGACGGAGACGUCCACCGAGAACUCCUCCCUCAGCGCCGACGACCAGGCCCCCCAGGACGGGCUCGUCGAGGAGGACAACGGCUUCCAGGAGCCCCACACCCUGCCUCCGCUGGUGUCGCCCGAGGGGGCCAGAGGGGCCCUCCAGCUGGCCUCCCGGAGACAGCUGGUCCCCAUGGUGGGGCCCGUGGACAACCCUGUGGACGAGGAACUGACCGUCACCUACAUGGACAAAGCCAAACAAGCCAAGCUUCCCCGCAGCGACACCCAGCAGGAAAAGCAGGUGAAGGAGGCCCGCACCAAGUGCCGGACCAUCGCCUGCCUGCUGACGGACGCGCCCAACCCCCACUCCAAGGGCGUGCUGAUGUUUAAGAAACGCCGGCAGCGGUCGAAGAAGUACACGCUGACCAGCUUCGGGUGUGUGGAGGAGGACACCACGCCGCAGGACUCCCAGGAGGAGGAGGGGGAGGAUGGCGUCCUGCCCGGCAGCGAGUCCGAGUUCGACGAAGACGGCCUCCCCGUCGCCCCGGACCCCACCUGGGACAGCGACUGCCUGGUCAUGCUGGACAAGAAGGCCUCGGCGGGCCCCGUGGAGGAGGACGGAGGGGCGGAGGACCCCGGGCUGACGGCCACGUCGGGGAAAGGGGCGCAGCUGUUCGAGCAGCAGAGGAGGAGGGCGGCCGAACACGCCAAGUGGGUGGCGGACAGACAGCCGGCGGCCCCUCCCCCGCCACAGCUCACGGAGACGCCCGCGAUGGAGGUAGACGCCGCGGGAUGGCCCCCCAUUCAAGCGCAGCUGUCCAGUCCAGCUCCGGCCCCCAUGAUGAACGGGGACAUUGGUGAGAGUCCGGCAGUGGCGACGAUGACGAUGGCGAUGGCCCGGCCCCCGGCCGCCAUUCAGGCUCAAUUCACCUCCCAUCUGCUGGCCUCGCCCCCUCCGACGGAGCUGCCCGACCUGCCCUCCAGCAACGUCCUGAACAGGACGGCCCGGCCCUUUGCCCCAGGCUUCAUCAGCCACCGCGCCGCCACCGCGCCCGUCGUCUUCCGACCCAACGCGGCCAAGAAGAGCCGGCCCACCACGGCACCCUUACCCGUCUCGCCCACUUACACCUCCCCUCCCAUGGAGAUGUAUCUGGAAGCCGCCCCUGUCAUCUCAAACAGACCCGCACCGGCCAUCGCCCCCAGGGUAGCCUCUGCUCCUGCCACCCCCAUCGCACCGUUUUACCCCAGCGUGUCGCAGCAGGUCGCCCCAGAAAUGUCAUUCUCCCCCACCGCAAACACAGCAACCCCUGCAGCACCCGGCAGUCGCACCGGCAUCCUGCAGGACGCGAUGCGCAACAGGUCCAGGAAGGCCCUGUUCACUCGGCCAGAAGAGAAGAAGAAGAACUCGCCCAACCCCCAGCUGCUGUCCAUGGUGCAGAGCCUGGACGAGAGGUCGUUGGGCGGGCCGGAGCCAGGGUUCGAGUACGGGCCAGAACACGACUCGGGGGCUGAGGCCUACAACUCCUACAGGAGCAAACUGCCCCCUCCACCAGUGGCGCCCAAACCGCGUCUGACUCCCUCCGCCUCGGCGAUCACCCUGGGAGGGGGGAAAGGCGCGGAGAUAUUUGCCCGCAAGCAGAGCCGCAUGGACUUGUACGUGGUGGACAACACUCCCCAGUAUCCCCAAGUCAUGUCCCCUCUGUCUCGGUCCCGCGACCCCUCCCCCACGCCCUCUCUCCCCUCCCACUGGAAGUACUCAUCAAACAUCCGGGCCCCUCCGCCGAUCGGCUACAACCCCCUGCUGUCCCCCUCCUGCCCACCGGUGGUGCAACGUGGCCCCAAGGCUUCCGACCCCAAGGCCUCAAAGCGUGGCCGGCAGAAAGAAGGGAUCAAGGCCCUGGACGCCAUGCGGAGGCAGCCGUACCAGCUGAACCCGGCCAUGUUCAGCUUCGCGCCCGGCCCCCACCUGUCUCAGCGGGAGGGCCCCACCCUGGUGGGCAGCUCCCUCAGCUCCCCCAGGCAGAUCCCGGUGAAGACGGCCCGGGUCUACGAGGUGAGGCGCUUCUCCACCCCCACGCCCAUGUCGGCGCCCACCACCCUGACCCCCACCAUCAUCGCUCCCCGCUCCUCCACCUCCCUCGCUGAGCCCCUGUGCCGCUCCGACCUGAGCUCGCCCCCUCCUCUCACCCCCAUCUCGCCCCCUCCUCCCCGCCCCGCCCCGACCGCAGGCCUGCCCCAGAUGCCCAGGCUGUCCUCCGGCCCCGUCCCCUACACGGCCCCGUCCGCCGGCCAAUCGGGCCUGGGCUACAGGGGCCUGCAGGCGGCCAAGCAGUUUAAGAGCGCCCCGGAGCUCUGCCCUCCGCGGUCCCCCGCGAUACAGGUCCCCAAGCCCCACUUCGUCGCCUCCAGGAUGGGCAUCCAGGCCAACGUGUGGAGGCCCGGCUACAUGCACUACUGAUGGGGAUUCUGCACCGGAGGAGGCCUCUCACCACCCUGGCACUCCCCCAUGUGACAGUAUCCCACAUAUGUGUGGCACGUACAAAGUGGUAAAUCACUAAACACAAAUAUCUAUGUGGCCAUUGAUUUAAAUUGGAGUACACACAUGACACAGGAGAACAAAUUCUUCAGAAUUGCCUGUUCUCAGUAAUACAUACUAAGUUAUGAUGUGUAUGAUAUAAUGUUGUUCAAAUAAUUAUUUGAAUCACUCCCAAAAUAAAAAAUGAUUAUCAAGCCAGAUUGACUUGUUUUCCAGUUUAGAGAAAAUGUAUUCUGUUCUACUGAUGUAAUUGAAGUUCUGGUGUCAAACACCAACAUCCCUUACCCCUUAAAAUGGAUUUUAAAUUAUAGCUAUAGCCGUGCAAUAGUAGAGUAUCUAAUAAGGUUUAGAAAUCAAUGAAUUAUUUUCAAUUAAUGAACUUUUAUAUGUGCUUCACUGGGCUUUUGAAAAUUGCAUAAUCUAAUUUAUCUUUCCCUAAAAUAAACUGGCAGGGUCUAUGGGAUAUUCUGAGGGAAAGGUUUACCAUUCUUUUUGUGUCUUCAAGUAUUUAAUGUCAUUUGAGAGCCAUCUGGUAAUGCCUGAGAUGCAAGUGGCCAUAUUGCAGGUGAGUUACAUAACCUGGUGAAGUUUUGGAGAAUGCUGAUACAAUACCAGGCAAAUCCCUUUGGCAACAACAAAAGUCAGCAGUUCAAAUCAAAGAUAACGUCAAAUAAGAUAAGCCCAACAGUAACAGAAAGCUUAGAAACAUUCUUAGUUAACAAAAAAGACUCAGAAGUGACUGACCUCACUCAAGUUAAUUGCAGUUCAGCAGUUAGACUGCCCUGGAAGACAUGUUUUUAAACUGUCUUCCAUUUAGACUGAGACCUGUGAUGUUUCUUUUUUUUUGGUGUUCGGCAAACUUGCUUUAUAAGCAAAGGUCCUGACCAGUUCACACAAAGGCUGGGCUGCAAAUCAAUACAAGAUGCCUUGUGCGGUGCCACUUUACAGGGAUUAUGACAGUUGUCUGGCAUAAAUCUUGCAUCUCAGUAUAUUCUUAUCUCUCAUCAAUUCCCAGGAAAACUCAAACUGAUUUAUUUUAUCCAUGUUACAACACAGCUUUGAUUUGGUUACUUUGGUUACUGUUACUCUGGGAGUCGUGUGUUUUUGAUGUGUUUUGGUGGAAUAACCUGAAAUCUUGCAGGAAGUAACCAGAUGUAGAAGAGGAUAAAAGACUAUUGCAAGUUAAAAAAUCUCUUGAUAAAUUAUCACCAAAGGACUCCUAAGAAAGAACUGGAAUUAUUGGACUGGACCUCAUAUAGCUGCUCUGUAGUCCUGUGGCAUUCAACUUAUCAGCCAACACGAUAAUUUAACGACAGUUUACACUAGCAGUCCGCUGCUAGUGUAAUAGGACUAACAAGGCUACCAAUGCUGAUUUAAUGGUGAUACAAUUGUAAAGCUUUUUAGUUUGCACUCUAGUCUGCCUCAUGGGAGGUGAUAAGAAAUAAUGUGUUGCAAGGACCUGGUGUGAAGAGGUGUCUCCCUGUAGUCGAGCUGCCCAAGCACCGGCCGAACCGUGCAUAGCUUCAAUCACUGAACUUCACAUUGCUGCCUGAGCUAUGCUGGCUGUUUGCUACAUGUGCGACAAGAAGUGAUCUACAUGUUUGUUCGUUUGUUUGCUUGUAAAUAUUUCAAAGGAAUCGAAUUGUCCUAAUGUUUGGACCGCAUUGCGGUGAGACAUUGCCGCAGCGUGGUGAGAAGGAGCGUGAGAGAGAUGAGAGAAUGAUGUUAAGGCAGAGGCCGGCACUGUGACAGACAAGAUGGGCAUCUUCGUUGGCGGAGAUGGUACAGAUCACAAGCAGAAGUAGGAACCAACCCUGAGGCCUGCUUCAGCCCUGUUUGCAGGAGAGAUAAACAGGCAAAGUUAAACCAGGGUCCUAUGACAUGGUUUAUUGCAACAAACACCCAACACUUCAUUUCUUCCUGGUACCAAUUAGGCGCCGUUGCUAUCCAAGUUACUGAAUGAUGAAGUCUUGGCCAUACCAAUUCAGGGACAAAGCUCUCAAAGUUGUAAGUUUCAGAGUCCACCAUCUUAUUUUCUUUUUAGUGAACCGAAGGUGGGCUUUGGAUACCUCUUGUUGUGGAAUGUACCAUUUCUCGAAUGUACCAUUUCUGGAAGGAAAGGGGGGGUCGUCUUGUAAAAGGAACAGAGAUUGAAGAUUUUGUAAGAAACUCCCACAGCCUCAGGAAAUGUAGAAGGAGAAGUGAUCCUGAGGUGAUGGGGAGAUGGAAGGGCAAAUGUUCAAUUUGCUGUAGGAAGAGAAUGCAAGAAAGACCAUGAAGGAAACCUUUGAAAGAAAUCAGUUUGACUCUUAUUUCAUUUUCAUUUUAAAAGCAAGCUUUUAUAUUUUAGAACUUGUCUUGUAUAUUGUCUUAAUUCCUCCUGUUGCAUAUACUGAGGGAAAUUAUCUUAACUUUGCCAGAAAAGGAAAGGUUUAAAUGAUGACCCUCUCACUGAGGAUUGAACUCGUGGGUUAAAUAAACUGCUGGUGUUUUGUGAUGUUUCCUAAGGCAGGAGUGCUUUUACUGGCUGAGAGACACAUGGUUUUUAGUGGAAUAAAAAUGUACUUGAAACCU